AUGGACGAUGAGGUCGGCCCCAUAACACUGGAUGGCAAGCGCGAGGUGGCCUCGCUCAUUCGCAGUCGAUUUCUGCAGCGCUUGAAAAAAGCAGGAGGUGGAAGCUUCUUGCGUGGUUGGAGGACUCAGUUGGAUCCGGAUUUUCGCCAGCGUGCAAGCAAGCAGGAUUUGUGUCGGGUGGCACUUGGUUUGAGCCUGGAAGGUGGAGAGGCUGCAGCACAUGUCCUCCUGCUGCAGUUCGGGAGCUGCGAAGCAUUGUGCCUCGUGGAGAUAGCGCCCGACGCAGGAGUUUUGGUUUGCCGUUUCCGACGAUUCCUUGCACAGUUUGGAAACAUGAGGAACUUCCUUGAAGAUGUGCAGGAAGCGGGCAGCAAUAUGGAGUUGAGUUUCGAACAGUUCGUGUCGUUCUGCCGGAGGCACGGCUUCGACCCGGGAGGUGAUGAAUUGCGGGACCUGUUCUGCCUUUGCAGCAAAGGCAAAGACCAUCUUUCGCCAGAGGACUUCUUGUUUCUGGAGGCCGACGAAGGCAUACGACAGCAAGAGACUAUCAGGCAAAGCCAGUUGAAGUUUGCCAAGGAGGAUGUGCACCAUGCCUUCUUGGCAGAGACUUACAAGGCUGACCGCGGACGUCCUGGCAUUUCAAAUCGCCAUAGGCUGGCCCCACGUCCCUGGCACGACCGUGCCUUCGAGACCCUGCCGCAGGUGAUCUCCCGCAGGAACCAGUCAUGGUUUCAAGAAAAAAGGAGCAAAAACGCGGAGGCUCGCCAGCAUUUCUUGGAGUAUAUCCGAGCGAGCUAUGGCUCGGAGGUGCGUGCAUGGAGAAGGGCUUUGGACCCCGAUGCGACUUUCCAGCUCACGCUCUCAACUUUCAAGAGAUGGUUCCGCCACGAGACGAACCUACGCGAAUGCAUCGACCUGCAGACGCUCUGGCGCUCCCUCGACCGGGAUGGCAGCGGUCGCCUGGGAAUGGAGGAGCUUGCACCCCAGGCAGCAGCCACAUUGGGCUGUUUCCGAACAUGGAUUCGAGGCAGACUGGGCUCGUGCGCUUCGGCCUGGGAACACGAGGCAGUAGCGGAUGCAUUCUCGAACUUGCAGUCCGAAGGCUCCUGGGUGUCAAGGACGAAACUGCUGGUGAAUGCCUUCGCAAAGGCAGUAAAACAAAUUGGCUGGCGGCCUAUUCUUGAUCAAGGCACACGGGCAGCUUUGCUUGCCUCGUUGGACUUCUUCGGCUGCGGUUUCCUCUCUCGAUCAGACUUGGAGUGGCUGGAUGCCUGGGAUCCUCCAGAAUGGCUUUAUUCGGAGCCGGAUGCAGAAGCAUGGGUGCAUCUCCGGCGGCUGAUCAUGGGGCGGUUCGAUCAUCCGUUGGCCGCUUGGCGCGGCCUUCUGGACCGAGAUGACUCCAACAGCGUGUCCUGGAGCGAAUUCAAGGAGGCUUGCCGGAGGGUUGGUUUCCAAGGCAACGUGGGCGGAGCCUGGCGAACAUUAGACAACGACCUUUCAGGCACCAUAACGCUCCGAGAGUUUGAUGCCGCCAGCGCCAAGAUCUUGACGUCUUUCAAGGCUUGGUGUGAUGCGCAUUACGGAUCCUUCGAGCAUCUGUUCAAGUCCAUGGACAAGGACCGAAGCGGGGGAGUUUCGUUCUCGGAGUUGCGACGUGCCUGCCGAAGCGGUGGUUGGAAAGGAAACGUCCACGUGCUGUUCAAAUGCCUGGAUGUGGAUUCUGGUGAUGGUCAGAAGACCAUCGAACUGGAAGAGCUGCAGUUCUUGGACUCUUGGGAUCCACUGGAAGACGAGCCAUUGGAGGCAUCGCAGGCAGAUACCUUCGACAUUUGUGCCAACUGGGCAAAGACAGCGGCCGAGUGUGGCGAACCACUGGCAAUGCCAAAGCUGUUCGCGGAGGUCGCUCCAAAGGCUGCUGCCGGAACAACAACAGUAGCUGCUGCUGCUGUCCAGGCAGCGCCGGGUGUCACAUCAAAAAGCACACCUGCUUCUCAGGCUGCUCCGGAGGCAAAUCCACCUCCGACAGGAGACGAGCUGGAGGAUGCGCCUCCUGACAGUGCGGCACAUCAGAAGGUUAGGUUCGACCAGAAGAAGCAAGCGUACGCUUUCACGACCCCGGACGCUAGCAAGAAGCACUUCCAGACCACAGUGCACGCUGCAGCCAAAAACGUGGAGGCGGCUGGGCGCAUCGCCCGAGUUUGCUUUUACAAGUUCGAGCAGGGCGUCAGCACGGAGGAGGUGAUGCAGUACAGGAACGAAGCUUACAAAAGGCUAGGCGGCGCCCCCAGGGUGCCUGCCAGCAACGGCACCACAGCCGUCGAGAAGCCAGCACCGCCGCCACGGAAGCGGCCAAAGUCCACUGAUGCGGAGGAGGUCGUAAUUGAGCGGCUGCAGCAGCAGGGCAAGCUUCUUCACGCUCUCGAAAUCUCAGGGCGAGACAGCAACAAAAAGAAUUCGACCGUCAAUGGUGUCUACAUGGCAGUGGAGGGUGGAUACAAGGGUCACCAAGCCUAUGAGAGAAUAAUCAAGAAAGGUGACGAAGCGCGUCGCUGCCUCUUUUACUCCAAGGAGAAGUCGCGGUGGAAGAUCAGCGAGGGCCUUGGGGAUCACAAGAACUUCGCCUUCUUGAAAGUCAAGGACGGUGGCACGAAGCCGCCUUCAGCAGCUGGGUCUAAAAUACACUGGCACUUCUUUGAUGGUAAAGAUGUGGGCUGGACAGAGGACAGGGCAGUGAAGUGUGUUCCGUACGAGCAGGGGAAGCGGGCGAAAACCGAAAAUGGUGAUGCCCCGCCGGAGAUUGCAGUGGACGAAGCUUCCGCCAGCUCGGACUCCGCCAGCUCCAGCAGCGGGGGUGAAAGCAGCGAAGAGGCUUCGGAUGACGAUUCUGCCAGCUCGGGUGGCAGCAGGUCGUCUGGGCAGAAGAGAGCAGCCUCCACGGCAGUGCCGGCUACAGGGCCAGGAAGGGGCGGGACUACGACAGGCCCCAGUGUGCCGCCACGGCCCAGAACGCGCGCCUGCGCGAAAAUGCUGGUUCGCGCCGGACUUCGUUGCAGCUGCCACUUCAAGUACGUCCAGGAAUGUCCUUCGCGCAAGGUGGCAGCGUGA